AACGGAUUUAUACAUAAAAUAAAUUUAGAUUCUUAUUCAAGAGGACCAAGACGUUGAAUAUAAAAGAUAGACAAAGUAUGAAAUAAUCUUUUGGUUCUUUGAAAAUGGACUUUGCGCGAAAAAUCGGUAAACCUGAUAAGCCUCGAACUUGGAAGAAGACUCGUCAACCACUUGUAACAACUAGAGAUAAUCUUCUCUCUGAAGAUAUAUCCUUUUCGGAAGAUCGUGGGUUCAUAAAUUGGAAGAAAUGGGUCGCCGACCACAAGAAGCAAAAUCGUUACAUCGAAUUUGUUACUGGUCGUUCGCAGGGCGAACAGCUACAAAAUUCCUCGGAAAAGUUUCGCUCUUUCGUUGAAAUAAAAAACUUGAUGGAACACGCUGCCAUACCCAUAGUCGCCGAUAAGUAUCGUGGUAGACCGGAAUUUUGGAAAAUGCCCGAAUUCCUGCCAGAUCGUGGUAAUGUUUGUCUACCGGAAGUAUCAUUGACUCUUAGCAAAAAGGAUCUGACUCUUUCUUCGGAUUUAAUGCAUGUUGGAUUACCGGACUUAAUAGCAAAGGAACGUGAUCUCGCCAUUCAAAAAAAGGAGAAAUUCUGGAAACGCAGCGAAUAUCUAAAGACGCGUAAACUCGAACUUGCUGAAAAAAUCGCAUUGCUGGUGCCUAAGGAGCCGGAAAUGGCAACAUUAGCCAUUCAAGGACAUGCCUAUCAGAAAAAGAAACUACCGCUACUACGAAUUCCGCCGAUAACUAUUACAGAAUCUGAAGAUGAGCCUCACGAGGACGCUGAUCAAGCAGUGAUUCUAAAGAUUCAAGACCGAGAAUUCGUCUGGCAAAAAUUUCUCUUCAGAACGAAGCCAGUGGACACCGAUCCUAUCAUUUGGUCUCUGACUUUUACGAGUAAGACCGACAAACAAAUCGAAAAAGAGAUCAUUUUAGAAAAUAAAGGAACUCACGUUAUAGAAUAUCAUUGGCGAUACUCGCCCUUUCGAAUGUACGGCAUGACCUUCGAGAAGCACGGCAGUCGGUUCUUUUUCAACAAGACGAAAGGGCUCAUACUUCCAGGACAGAUCGUGAAGAUCAAGGUAUGGUAUCGAUCCAAAACGUGCGGAGUUUUCACCGAAUACUGGCGAUUCAUCACUGAUCCAAAAUUAAGUUCCUCGACGUUUAUGUUUCGAUUCUGGGGCUACACAACCGAUACUCGAAAUAUAGAAUUGACCGAUCACCAAAUGAUCGACGAAUACCUGAAUCGCUGCAUUCGAGACUCAACAAUACGUUCGAUUAUUGAAGAAAUAUUAGAUAGAGUGGAGCAUAGUGAGCCACUAGAGCCCUUUUAUAAGAUGUUAAUUUCGCAAAAUGACCUGUUUGCUUCUCUGAAUUCCUGUUAUCAUUAUCAUCCGAAUAUCGUAAUGCAAUUACAGAAAAUAUAUUCUGAUGUAACCGGUGAAAGCACAUCGACCUGGAACUUGUCGCUAGAUUCUCUCCGAGAUAUCCUUUUACAGAUAGAAGAUACAAACUACAAACGUGACAUGCUCGCCCGAUUUAACGAACUUUGCAAGCAGAGUCUCAGACCAAGAUUGUUUGAAUCCGAUGUUGAAUAUUAUAAUAAAUAUAACGUUGUAUAUAAUAUUUUAUGCUCAUUUGCGAAUCUGUUUGAAAAUGAAAGUGAACUUGUGAAAAGAAGUCUAAUACGAGAAGAGACUACAAUGCCAAUAGAAGUUAAACAGAAAUUGACGCCUUUGUCUCAAAGAUCCAAUAACAGUUUGCAAGAACUAUGUAGCAAAACACUAAAUGAUCAACCAGAAACUAUAUUAGUGCAGGAAGAAAAUGAAAGUUUUGGUUUAAAUUUACAACUUUACAAAGAAAUAUUUUUUAUUCACAUAUAUAAAGCUUUGGAGGAAGCAAUAGAACGAAUUUGCGCUAGUAUUGACUCUUUCCAUAGACUUAAUGAAUUAAAGUUUAAAAUAUAA